CAGAUGAUGUCUGAGUUUCUACGGAUCAUCCAUCAGCACAGCGUAUGACAACUUUCUCAAGGGAAAGCAGCUGGAUUCAUAAAUUUAUUCAGCUAGUGUCUACACAUCUUCAUCUAAGGUUUAACAAUCAAACUGCAAAUGCCAUGGGUUGUUUUGCAUCGCGUAAUAACAGAAUUGAAAUUGUAGUCUCAGUUGCUGAGGCAACAUCGACUUCGAGAAUCAGAGACAUUCCGCUAUCACACGAACAAAAAUGCAUUUUAAGAGAAUUUUGGCAGCUCAUUGAGCCCAUUAAGAGCGUCAUAGGAAAGAAAGUGUUUGGACGGUAAGUGUUUUAAAUACUCGCUAUCUCUGGUUUGUUGUGUUUCAUUUCCUAAAAAAAGAAGACUGUAGAGUCUCGAGUUGACAGUAGCUUUUUUAUGAAAAUAUCAUACCACUAUUAGGAUUGGAAUCGUUUAAAAUGGAGAAAAAGAGGAAACAGUAUGCUGAUCCUUAUUGGAUGUCAUGCUACACGUGAAAGUUGCUAACUUAAACAUGCUGAAUCCAGUGGUACAAUUCCUUGGUAUAUAGGAAGGUCUUCGCGCGAUUAUUCUUAAUGACUUCCAUGUUUUUUUAUUCUUCGUUCCUCAUUUGUUACCAAUAGAUUUUACCUCUAUUUUUCGUUGCAUGAUGAUCGAAACCUCAAUUUCGAUGGAUGAUAUCCUAAAUAAUUCAUUUGAAGUGUCAGUAAACACUAAAAAUUUGUUGUUCAGUCGGUGAUGACCAUGGUAUCGAUAAAACACAGCGUUGAAGAUUUUGUUCGAACUAGGAAGUUAAUGUACAUCAUUUUCUAUUUUCAAAUUUAAGUUAUAUUUGAAUAACAUGUGAUUUUCUUUUUUUCUUCACGCGACCCCACAAGCUUGUAUUUCCAACAGCCGAAAUGCGUGCACCUUUCAAACUCAAUUUGUUUUUUUAUAACAUUUAAAGACGUUCACCAAAAAUAGAUUUAUAUUUCAAGUGUGUUUUUUUUUAUUUUUCAUGUCAAUAAGUCGCCAUUGUGUCUUUGGAACCCAUAUUGUUUUGCAGAAAAAAUUCGUUCCCAACUGCAACAUUCAAGCAUUUAUAUAAAUCAUUUGAAAAAUGAGAAGGAAAAAGGAGCAUUUCCUGGGGAACUAAGAACAAUUAUUUACAAGUUUACGGAUAGGAUCGGUAGCUGUUUAUAAUUGCUGACAUAUUUUUCACUGCCUAAAUCAUCUAUGAGCUGAUCAGGUUCAGAAUAAUUUUCACAUUUGUGAGAAAGAGGGUUAGUCAUCGCGUAGAUAGAAAUGAGUUUUCCAAAUGCAAAAAACCUAAAAUAUAACAGGCAAACUUUCGCAACUGCUACCGAUGUUUAUGAAUUGUUGAGGACCAUUGCUGUCUAGAGAAUUUGCAGACUUAUCAUAACGUGUUUAAUGUCCUUCAAAAGGUGCCACCUGUCGUUUGUGUAUUUCCUGUUGUAUAAAGAGUUAAGCUACGACUUAGCUAGAGCAAUACUUGAACAAGUCGCUAGGAACCGAGCCCCGGUUUCAAAGAAGAACCUGAGAAAUGGAAACAAUCAACAAUUAAGUAGACUGUGAAAACGUUUUCUCGAGCCUUUCCGUGCGCAAACGCGAAAGUACCAGCGCUGCUGCGUGUUUUGCUAGUUUUCUUACCAAUCGGGUCAUUAUUUUGCGCAAAUUGACUUUCAAAUGCAAACCCAUGCGCACUACCUUCGUGAUAGCAUAGCUCUAUUGAGGAUGUGAAUGGAGAUUCAUAACUGAGAAGCUGUGGCUUGUUGUGAGUAUUUCUCAGUGUCUUGAUUUUUUUGCAUAACUUGCAAAAUAGGAGUAAAGUUUAUAUCUAAAGUAAACGUAAGUCGAAUUUCCAUUAUUCAGAGUUAAUAAUGAUGUCCGUGAAUGAUUUUGUUUCAGACUUUUUGAGUCCAACCCAAGAAUUCAAGACAUAUUUCCCGCCUUUAAGAGUUUGAAACUUGAAGCCGUAAUCAACUCUCGAUCUCUGUAUCUUCACGUCAGACAAGUCAUGACUGCGCUGGAAAAUGCUAUUUUUUUCUUUAAACGACGCAGAGGUUUUCAUCGAGUAUUUAAUGAAUCUUGAGAAAGACAUAAAGCAUGGCCCGUGAGGCUGGAACAUUUCGAU